AUUCACUGAACACGAUGCAUACUGUGUUCCCAGGUGACGAUUUCUCAGACUCCUUUUGGGCGGCCCCGGCGGGGAUGAACCGAAGCCAAUCGGAGUGGGCUUUGGAUAUCUUUCUUGAAGAGUUUUCCGGUACCGGCGGGGCGAUCCCCGUGUCGCGUUCGAGUGAGAGUGCGAUUGGUCCCUCCGUGGCGGAACCUCAGAUGCCUGUUUCGAAAUCUGAAGAAGGCGAUGCUGAUGACUACUACGUGGUGGAGAUCAAAAGACCUGGUAAUCAGAACCAUAACUCUCCGCCGCCCGCUCUGAAACUUACUGUCCCGAUUGACUCGGACGAGGUCCAGGCGAUCCUCAAGAGCAAGCUCGAGCAAGCCUGCGCUGUUUUUGCUCUCUCAAAUAAAUUUAUCCAGGCGUCAGCUGUGAAGGCAGAAGAUUCGUCUGCCCAACCUGAAGAUCAAUCGCUUCAAUCGAGAUCCCAAGUUCAAGUUUCCUCAAAGGCUCAAGGACAGGGUGAACAAGAUGCUACACCUUGUGGAAUAUUGGCUGUGUCGACUACACAGAAAAAAACAGGGGUGCAAAGGAGGCAAACAACAAGCUUGUCAUCAGGAGAAGAUUCAGAUGAUGAUGAACUUCAAGAUACUGAAACCACUGACAACAUGGAUCCGGCUGAUGCAAAACGUGCAAGGAGAAUGCGGUCAAACCGAGAAUCAGCUAGACGCUCUAGAAGAAGAAAGCAAGCGCAUAUGAAUGAACUUGAAGCACAGGUUGGUCAACUAAGAGUUGAACAUUCCACGUUACUCAAGACUCUAAGUGACACGAAUCACAAGUAUGAUGAAGCUGCUGUCGACAAUAGAAUUCUGAAGGCUGAUAUAGAGACAUUAAGAGCAAAGGUAAAAAUGGCUGAAGAAACAGUUAAGCGGGUGACAGGGAUUAACCCUGCUAUGCUCUCUGGACACGCUGUAGCUAAUGUCGGCAUGCCUUUUGUUAGCAGACCAUUGGAAGCAUCCCCGGUUGCUCCUGUUCGGUUGCAGCAAAACAGCAAUCAGUGUUUUCACCAAUCAGUUCCGGACAUUGCUGGCCCCAUCCACCAUCAGAGAGUGGAAAACAGUUUCGCAGGCAACACCCUGGUUCCUCCUUCCGUGAAUUUACAUACUGAAGAAGCAGGAGUGAAGAGUGUAAAUGAAACAUCUGCAUUGCGUCAUACGCCCAGCUCAGAGCAUGUUCAUGAUCCGAUUGGCUGUGGUGUCAGUCCAAGUGGACUCAUGUCUGGCUGGGAGCCCCGACAACAUAUAGCUGCCAAGAACAAGAAGCAAUCGGUGCCGUAACCAUCGUGUUUUCUGAGAUGAGGCUCGAGAGAAGCGUAUAUGAUGGUAUUAAUAUUAGUUAAAAAUCUAGUAAUGGGUAUGCACUCUAACUGCACGUUCAUAUUUAACAUCUUGACAUCGUAACAUCGACUCAACUUCUUAGUCCAUUCAGUGUACUUUAUUCAGUAAAUUAUCAUGUAUGAAAUCAUAUGAAGUUUAUA